AUGAAGGAACUUGGGCAACCCCAUGUGCCUACAAUGGCAAAUGUGCAUUCUUCGGCGGGCAUUCUAUGUGAAAAGAAGCGUGAAAAAAAGAAAUCACCGGCUGUGAAGUGGUCAAAAUUACAGCUCAAACAUGAGGUUAGUAGAUACACGGUUUUACUUUCAAAACCGCCCCAAAGUGUUGAAACAACCGUCGAGUACAAGAUGUCAAAGGGAGACGUGGCGUCUCCGAGUGUUGAGCAUCUCAUGUUCUUAUGA